CUCUAGUUUGACACUUGAUGUCUUUGCUGCAACAGCAGGAUGAUGGAGACUCUCCAGGUCCUGCUGGUUUGCAGUCUUCUGCUGGUCUCUGUCGAGCACUCAGAGAGUGGGCAGUGUUUUGCUUAUUUCAACACGACCUCAGGUGAAUGUACCCAAGACCUCGGUGAGGCGCAGAAAAGUCAAUGCUGCCAGAACCCAACCUACGGCUACCGGGAAUCAGAUGGAGAAUGUCAGUUUUGUGGUCCUCCUGUGUGGUCUCCUUGGACUUCAUGGUCCCUAUGUAAUAUCCUAUGUGGGGGUGGAGUAAUAACAAGAACCAGGAAGUGCUUUGGCAAAUCAGAGUGUGAGAACCCCAAGGAAAAGCUGCACAUGGAACCAUGCAAUAGCACCUGCUGCAGUGAUAAGGAGGGGUGGGCCAUGUGGCUCGAGUGGUCCCCCUGUUCCGUCACCUGCGGAGGACCUGCAUUAGUUGGAUUCAGGACAAGGAAGAGAGUCUGCAACAGUUCUCCUGAAUGUGGAUUGGCCUGCGAAGGUCCCUCAGAGCAGACGGAGAAAUGUGAAUCUCUUAACAAAUGUCCAGUUCAUGGUAUUUGGUCUGGUUGGUCACAAUGGUCUCAGUGCUCUGGUCCAUGUGUUGAUAAAAGAAGCAGCAAUGUCAUCAUGCCUAUAAGAACACGGCAACACACCUGUUCCAACCCAGCACCCUCUACUGAUACACAGCCACAUGGAGACAGUUGUCCUGGAGACAGUUCCGAGCAGCAGGACUGCAUCGAGCUACCCAACUGUCCAGUGGACGGUAAAUGGGGGGCAUGGCUUCCACUUGGACCGUGCUCUGUCACGUGUGGGCAGGGACUACAGCUAUCAAAUAGGAAGUGUGAAAACCCAGUACCUGAAUAUGGUGGGAAAUACUGUGAAGGGGAAAGCACUAAGACCAGCGUCUGUCACAGUCCCUGUCCUGUCCACGGGGUCUGGACCAAUUGGUCAAACUGGAGCGAGUGUUCAGCUGCCUGUAUCCUACAAGGUGAAAUUCCCAAAAGGACUCGUCGCCGUUCGUGUACUAACCCCGCCCCUUCAUCCAACCCAGCAGGCCAACCUUGCAAUGGUGAAGACAGCCAGGUGGAGGACUGUACACGCCUGCCUUACUGCCCAGUGAAUGGCAAUUGGGGGCAAUGGUCAUCCUAUACUCCCUGUCCUGUUACCUGUGGAAUGGGCCAACAGGUGAAAACCAGGACAUGUGAUAAUCCUGCCGCCCAACAUGGCGGCAAAGAAUGUCCUGGAACCAGUCGUGAAACCUUAACCUGCUCAACCAACGUCCAGUGUCCAGUGAAUGGUGUGUGGUCAGACUGGACAGCAUGGGGUGAGUGCUAUUCUCCUUACGAAGGUCGAACUAUCAAUUGUAAAACAAGUGGCGGCAAGAAUAAUCGGACUCGCACCUGUCUCCAUCGUGAACAUGGUGGUGCCCUCUGUGAGGGAGACCAGCUGUCGGAAAUACGAGUCUGCUACGAUGUCAAUGGCUGUCCCUUCAAAGGUAAGUGGGACGGCUGGGAGUCAUGGAAUUAUUGUACACCACCUUGUGGAAGUGCGUCGAAACGCAUUAGGAAGAGAAAGUGUAAACCUGAUUACAGUGAGUACAGGCCUACUAUUCGCUCUAAGGUGGCAACAUUUGUUGGAAAACCUGACUGUGGCGAUCCACCUGAUGGGAUAAAAAGUGAGCGUCAGCAAUGCAAUAAUGCUCCUCCCUGCUAACAGCAUGCUGACCCAUGAUGGCAAAAUAUUCUGCAUGGUGAUGGCUUUAACACACAUAAUUACUCGACAAGGCAUGCGGUAGGGUUGUGUUUCACUCGAUCAAUAUGUAAAACCAGUUUAAGCCAACGUACAGUGAUGUUUAGAGCCAUGCAUGAGUGGAACUCACUACCACAAAAUAUUACACAACAACGCAAUGCUAACUGUUUUAAAAAGCAACUGAAAAUAUACUCUAAAAAUAAUAAGAUUUAAAUUGAAUCAUGUGCGAGUGUAUUUUCAUAUGAUAGUAUAUAAGAUAAGUAUGACUACAUUGUAAAUUAAUGUAUAAAUUAUGACAAUGUAUGGGAAUUAAUAUUGUAUUAGUCAAAAAAAGUAAGAUGAUCAAAAUGUUAUUGUAAUAUUUCAUUUGUAAUCUGUGAAAAAUGGGAAUUGUAUACUUUUUCUACUGUAAACUGACCCCAGGAAGAAUAGCUGAUGCAGCAUGCUGCUGAUGCAGCAUGCUGCUGACGCUAAUGGGGAUCUCAAUAAACAUAAACAUAAACAAACACGUCAUGUCAUGUACUGCUGUCAUUUUUUCCCUCCUGGAGGUUUUUAGUGUGUAUUUUUGUUUUGAAACACUUCUAAAUUGUUUGUCCUGUCUUCCAUUAAAAGGUUUUUAAAUCAAACA